AUGGGAACCAGCGCCGAAUCACAGCAAACCCACAUCCUCGCCGCCAAACCGGACGGUGCCCGUCUCGCCACCGAGAGCCCGGCGCCCGUCUGGGAGGAUAUCAGCUCCCGGAAGCGCGCCCUUCUCAGCGCCUCCAUCCCGGAGGAGUGGCGCGUGCCCGCCGACCUGCUCCCGCCGGCCUCGCAGGACGACGUCACCUCCUGGCCCUCCGCCUCCGGCUGGUUCACCCCGGAUGAGCUCUCCAUCACCGAGCAGACGGCCACGGAGCUAGUCGUCGGGCUGGCCUCCGGGGCGCUCACCUGCGAAGCUGUGACGCGCGCCUUUUGCAAGCGCGCCGCCGCCGCACAUCAGCUGAAAGUACAGGUCAACUGCCUCUCCGAGACGUGCUUCGAGCGCGCCCUCGCCACCGCCCGCUCCCGCGACGCGCACCUCGCCCGGACCGGCCGCCCCGUCGGCCCGCUGCACGGGCUGCCCGUCUCCCUCAAGGACAACUUCCAGCUCGCGGGCCUGGACUCGACGGUGGGCUUCGCGUCGCACGUCGGGGACGCGGCGGCGGCGGACUCGACGCUGGCGCGGGUGCUGGAGGCGGCCGGUGCCGUCUUCUACGUCAAGACCAACGUGCCGACGGCGAUGAUGAUGGCCGAGACGGUCAACAACGUCUUUGGUCGCACGCUGAACCCGCGCAACCGGAGGACCACGAGUGGUGGGAGCUCCGGUGGGGAGUCGGCGCUGCUGCUGCUCCGGGGCAGCCCGCUAGGCGUGGGGACUGACAUCGGCGGAUCCCUGCGAAUACCCGCCGCGUGCACCGGGUUAUUUACCCUCCGGCCGUCCGCCGGCCGCUUCCCCGUCCGCGACUGCCGCUCCGGCAUGCCCGGCCAGGAGGGCGUCCUCUCCGUCAAUGGCCCCAUGGCGCGCACCCUCCCCGACAUCACCCUCUACAGCCGCGUCGUCGUUUCCAGCCGCCCCUGGCUCCUUGACGCCAAGUGCCUCCCGCUCCCCUGGCAGCACCCGCCGCCCGCCCUCCCCGCGAAGCUCCGGGUCGGCGUCAUGUGGGACGACACGCUGGUCCUUCCCACGCCACCCGUCACCCGGGCCCUGCACCAGACCGUCGCCCGGCUGCGCGGCGCGGGCCACGAGGUGGUGGGCUGGCGGCCGACGGACAUGCUGCGCGGGCUGACCAUGAUUGGGCAGUUCUUCGUGGCGGACGGCGCGGCGGCGAUCCGGCAGCAGCUGACCCAGACGGGCGAGCCGUGGCGGCCGGAGAUGGCGGCGUACCGGGAUGCGCGCCCGAUGACGGUGCUGGACGUGUGGCGGCUGCAGACGGAGCGCACGGCGUUUCAGAACGAGAACCUGGAUAGCUGGCGGGAGGCCGGGCUGGACGCGCUGCUGCUGCCGACGACGCCGUACGUGACGCACCGGCACAGCGGGACCAGACACGUUGCGUACACUGCCGUGUUCAACAUCCUGGACGUCUCAGCCGUCUCCUUCCCGACGAGGUUGACGGUGGAUAGGAGCGUCGACGUGGUCGGGCAGGACUACGAGCCGCUGAGCGACACCUGCGAGGCGAUCAACGCCGAGUACGACCCGGAGCUGCUCGACGGGAUGCCGAUCAGUUUGCAGCUCGUGGCUGGCAAGCUCGAGGAGGAAAAGCUCCUGGGCAUGACAGAGAUGGUGCUGCAGGCUCUGGCGGAGUAG